GCGGAGGAGGGGAGCGGCGGCAGCAGGGGCAGGAUGGUCGAUUCCGUCGGGAGGCCAAUCGCAAAGCCUCGCCCUCACCGCUGCGACGAUCGGCUCGAGGACUUCAUCAAUUCGCUUUUUGAGGGCUGGAGCUGUGUGCCUGGGCGUGCAAAACUUUGGUGGCGAUGCAUGCGCUCUGAGCCUGGUCAAGAGCCAGAUGAUCCUUACGUUUACCACGAACCGAAGCAGCGUAAAUAGUAGAUCACAAUGUCAGCUUUAGUAGAAGAUGACGCAAAUGAUAGAAGUUUGGCCAACAAAGACGAUUCUACGAGCUUGUAGCUACAAGAAUCGGCGCUGCAUGAGCUCGGUGUCGUUAGUCGCACACCGCAGGUCUCUACUCUUUAGUGGUUUUGGAGAGUUUAGAUGUAGUUCCCCAAAAUUGUGGUGGCUAUCUGCGACGCUUGCUGGGCGUAGCUGCCGGUUUUGUACUUCGUCAGGUGAUUCAUCGAAUGCAUUCAAGAUCGACGAUUCGAAGCUUGUGAAAGCUAUUGUCUACGAGGCUACAAAGGGCUUUUGCAAUUCCGCUGGGAGUACAAGAAAGUUUAGCGACUUUCUACGAUCGCAGCUUUCAAUACAUGCUGAGAGAGGAGAAAGAGACUUGAAAAGUUUUGAAGUCAUUCAAAAUUUGGCCCAAGAUGCUCAGUCUUACGGUCAAAUGGACUGUGAGCAGAGAAUUCAACUCCUUGACAGGGUCGCGCAGAUCCAGGGGUUUUCUUGCGCCAGAGAUAUUGUUGAUCACGAGAUUGCAGUGGUCGAAGCUUCUCAAGAUCUUACUCAUGAGAACUGCGUGAAAAGGGAUGAAGGUAUUUCAUCUUCCCAAGCUUUAACUGAGAACCCUUCGAUUGUGUAUGGAAGCAGUGAGCCAGUUGAUCUUUUUAGCUCAAAAAAGAUCGUGGUUCGCCCAGCGAAGCAAAAGCCGGAUGUUAACAAAGCUAUACAAAGUUCAAGCAAAUCACUACUGGAUGUCGAGUUACCUCCAAGCAAAGAACAAAGCCAGCCAUCGCCAUCCCAACGUACUAAGGGCGUGUCCAGUUUGCUAUAUCAGGCCUCAGAGACCAGAAGUAUUGAUACAGAGAACGAGAGAUGGAAACUGGACACGCUAAUAAGCGACAUGAAAUGCUUCACGCCAUAUCAACGAUCGCAGCUACAAGAAAACGGCUUUUACACGGCUCGUAGUCUACUCAACCAUUUUCCUCGUGCUCAUGUGAGCUUUGAAAGCCCCACCGACACUUUGGAGGAUGGACAAUCUGUGGCAUUGUUUGGGACAAUUGUUAUGACCAGGGCCUCGAAAAUCAAAGACACUCUGGCUAUGCUUGAAGUCAUUGUGAACUGUAAGAUUGCCCAGGAAUGCCUAAGGCCUUGUGAUGACGAAGUUGAUGAAAAUACCGUAUUCCUGCACAUCAAGAGGUUCUUUCAAGGCCCACGUUUUACAUCGAGCUGGUUUUUGAACAAAACGGCCUCGGGUUACCCUGAAGGUUCCAAAGCAGCAGUUAGUGGCAAGGUGAAAGCGAUGAAUAGAAAAUCUCACUUUUUGCUAAAAGAGUAUGCGGUUAAAGUUAUUGAGGGCGAGGAUUUUGACCAGCUUCGAAACGACGGAGAAGCAUAUCCUGUGUACUCAUCGAAGGGUCUUUUAAAUCCGAAGAAGAUACAAGCGUUUAUACAGAGGUUGCUGAAAGGAUUACCGACGGAUAUAGAUCCUCUUCCCACUGAAAUGCGAGACAAGUACGAUCUUCUGAGUAUAGAACAGGCCUAUUCCACCCUUCAUCAGCCUACUAAUCUCCAAGGGGCAAAUGUAGCUAGGCGAAGAAUCGUGUUUGACGACUACUUCUAUCUUCAGUUGGCGUUUCUUCUUCAAAGAAACUGCUUGAGAGGAAGUACCGUAAACAAUGAGCUGGAAAUGGAUAAGUGGUCAUCUCUAAGUCUGAAAGUCUUGAAUGCGCUUCCUUUCAAGUUGACUGCUGGGCAGAUCAAGGCUGCCUCUGAGAUCAUGUGGGAUUUGCGUCAGCAAGCUCCAAUGAGCCGUCUCUUACAGGGAGAUGUUGGCUGUGGGAAGACUAUAGUGGCAUUUCUCGCACUUCUUGACGUGGUCAGUUCAGGAUACCAGGCAGCUCUUAUGGCACCCACGGAUUUUGUAGUCUCGCAACAUUACAAACAGUUCCUGUCCUGGCUUGAAGUGCUGGAUGAGAAGGAUAGACCAAAGAUAGCGCUUCUUUCCGGGUCUUUAAGUGCGGGUGAAGCUCGUCUAGUCCGAGAAGGUAUCGCCAACAGAGAAAUCUCUCUAAUUCUCGGUACGCACGCUCUUAUAUCCAAUUCGACUAAUUUCCCGGCGCUGGGACUGGCUGUUAUUGACGAGCAGCAUAGGUUUGGUGUUGGACAGAGAGAUCGUUUGAAAACGGCACACGCUUCUGAGGCCGUCGAGCCGGACCUGGACGAUGCUGAUCUGGAAAGAGCGAGACUGGCGAGCACUACGCAUGUUUUGCUCAUGUCUGCUACGCCGAUUCCUCGUUCACUUGCCUUAACGUGUCAUGGAGACAUGAGUUUGAGCCAGAUUAAUGAGAUACCCCCGGGAAGGCAGCCUGUAGACACUUAUGUUCUUCCAGAUGACGAAGGAGGACGCAGGAGAGCUUACGAGCUGGUGAGGGCAGAGCUCGAGAAUGGAGGCAGGGCCUUUUUCGUUUAUCCUCUCAUCAACGAAUCAAGCUCUUUCGAGCACCAGCGAGCCGCCGUCACCGAGUUCGACAAGGUUGUGAAGGAAUUCAAAGACUACAAGUGCGCGCUCGCGCACGGCCGGAUGAAGCCAGACCUGCGCAACCAAGAACUGAAACGGUUUCGGGAGGGAGAAUGCCAGAUCCUGGUGGCGACCAAGGUGGUGGAGGUUGGCAUCGACGUUCCAGAGGCGACCGUGAUGCUGAUAGAGUCGGCAGAGGGCUAUGGCCUGGCGCAGCUCCACCAGCUAAGAGGCCGGGUGGGACGAGGGACGAGGAAAUCCUUUUGCAUACUUCUUACGUGCUGCGAUACGGCCGUGGAGCGACUCAAGCUACUUGAGAGCACCACCGAUGGGUUCCGGCUGGCGGAAGAGGACUUGAAGAUGCGAGGGCCGGGUGAUUUGCUCGGGAAAAGGCAGUCAGGAACACACUUGGAGUUCGUGCUGGCUCGCCUGGGCGAAGACAACGAUAUAUUGCUGCAAGCCAGGGCCGCUGCCGAGGAAUUACUGGAAACUGAUAAGAAUCUGGAGAGCCAUUCCAAGGUCAAGCAUGAGAUCAACAUCAGGCAGCUGCCCAAGUCUUGGAGCUAGAAAAACGAAUCGAUUUAUAUUAUAUAGAAAACACUUUUGUCCAAUAAAGAUUACGUUCCAUUGUUUGGAGA